AUGUGCCACACCAGCGGCUCCACUGGCUGCCAGCCGGCCUGCCGUGUGCCCAGCUCCUGCCAGGCAUCCUGCUAUGUGCCCAGCUCCUGCCAGGCAUCCUGCUACGUGCCCAGCUCCUGCCAGGCAUCCUGCUACGUGCCCAGCUCCUGCCAGACGUCUUGCCGCGUGCCCGUGAGCUGCAAGCCUGUUGUGUACCUGCCUGUGAGCUGCAAGCCCAUUGUGUGUGUGACCCCCUCCUGCCAGUCCUCCGGGUGCUGCCGGCCCUCCUGCCCCACCCUGGUCCUCAGGCCUGUUCCCUGCGGCACCCCUAACUGUGGCUAGCCCGUGGCCUCCUAGGACCCCUCCUCCGUGGGGCCAGAAGUAGCUGCUGUCUGAACUCCCGGCAGGCAGACCUCGUCCACCUGAGACCUUCUGACCUGACUAGAUCAUCUUACAGCAAAGCCGCCUGAUCCCCACUAACCAAGCGGACAGAGUCACCCCCGGCGUCCCCCGACCCCAGCCCGGGUCGUCCAUACGGCACCCACCCUGGCUGGUGCAAGUGCCCAGCCUCUGCAGCCACCAGCACUGAGCUCUAAUAAAUCCC